AUGAACAAGACGGACAGAGACUCUGUAAUUGAGUAUGCUACUCAGCUUAAACAGCUGGUGCAUGAUCCUCACAGCUUCCUAACCGAACUUGUCGCCCAGCAGCAGCAGUAUUACUGCAUUCGCUGGAUCUGUCACUUUGAUGUACUCUCUUUCGUUCCACUCCCUCCCAAGGCAAUAUCUUACCAUCAAGUCGCCAUCCAAGCCAAAGUUCCAUUGUCGACUCUCCAAUCGGUCGCUCGCAUGGCCAUGACUGCAGGUUUUCUCUGCGAAACCAAGGACGGAAAGCUUUCGCAUAAUGACUUGUCUUGUCAUUUUGCUACAGACGUUCACAUGAAGACACAGCUUUUGUACAUGUUCAAUCAGACUGUUCCUGUCAUGGCUGCGCUGAAAGACGCCACUCAGCGCUGGGGCAGUACGUCGGCGACGAAUGAGACUGCGUAUAACAUUGUUUACAACACGGAUAUGCCCUUUUUCCAGUAUCUCAAGACUCGCCCUGAUUUGAAUGAGCUAUUUCAUGCUUACAUGAAAAGUCGGGCCGUGUCUCACACCGGCUCCAAUGUUGAGCAUUUACUUGGUGCAUUCGAUUGGAACAAUCUUGGACAAGCUACCGUGGUUGAUGCAAGUAUCUCUAUCCUCGACCAGGGCAAUGGUGAUGGUGUACUGACUGUAUACAGAUUGGCGGCAGCAGUGGUUCGACAUGUAUCAUGCUAG